AUGUGUCAGACAGAGUUGGGUGGAGAUUUGGAGGCAAGAUCUUCAGAAACUAUCCUUCAGGUUUUGAAGGAAACAAGCAGAAAUGGAAAGGAGCCCCAUGCAGCCUUUGGCCUUUCUAUUUAUGCUCCAAUGUCUCUUAUUGUCCACAAUGGCACACCAGUCGACUUGCACCAGCUAUCGACAGCAGAGGGAGCCAUUGCAAAUUUUCCACCAUAUGGUGUCGACUUCCCGAACAGGUCUUCCACUGGCAGGUUCACAAAUGGUUACACAAUUGCAGAUGUCCUUGGUGAAUACAGUAGUAGCAGGUUUUACAAUCAUGAACAAUUUGGUGAAUUCCUUGCAAAAGAACUAGGACAGAGUUUGAAGGACCUGUACAAUCUUGGUGCCAGAAAAUUCGUUGUUUCUGACAUUGGGCCCCUUGGUUGUUUGGCAGUUGUGAUGGAGAAUAUUAGACCGAAAACAAGAUGUGCAGAGGAUGUGAAUAGUAUGGAAUCAAGGAAACCAGAAAAGCAUGCUGUGCUCUUGGGAGGAAUGGCAGUGGACAAUGUAUAA